AUAAAGACGAAUCUUGGAUGGCGCACUUGAAUGCAUCGUCAUCUUUGACAGUUGGAAGCAGAUUAACGUCCCAGACGGAGACAGAGAAAUGGAUCGGGAUGCGGUGAGUUAUCGGUUCGACGACGACCAAAUUAGUAUAUUUAAAGAAAAAUGUGUAUCAAAGAAAAAAUGCUGAAUGACCCUGACAUGAUUGGGCUGGUGGAGCACGGCUCCGCCGGUAAACUGACAAGGGGAGGUUGGCAAAACUACCCAGCAACGGUAAAUUACUGGCAGUGAGUGGCAUGAAGAGGAGUGACUACAUUGCCAGAGGGAGUUACAGUUUUAUGUUUUACAGUUUUAAUCUAAGGAUAUUGUUUUACUUUUACUAGAAUGCCAUUAUUUUGCAUGUUCUAGUUUUCAAAUAAAUGGUCUAUGCAAUUUUAAAUGUUUUUUGGGGUGUUUUUUGCCUGUACGUCCACACAUUUUCAUAACACUAAAUAUCUUUAUAUGAAUGAAGAGAGAGGAGAGUGUCAUUGUUCAAGGGAUAUCAAAAUAAUGUUGAAGCAGUAUUAAUGGAUUGUAUCAGUCCUUGUUAUUCUUUCAUUCUCUGACUUAAGCAAAUACAGUCUUUCAAAUGCUUUGGAUGAUGCAAGCAGGAAGUAUAAUGUUGCCGCUUAGUCAGUGAGUCAGUUACAUCUGGCAAUGUUGUAUCCUUGAAAUGUUAUACCUAUUGAUUACUUAAUAUAUGUUACACCUGUUGAAAUGUUAUAUCUUAGCUAUGAGCAGUUUCUGUUCUCACAGUAACUGGAUUUGAUACUGAAGAAAAGUGUCCUUUAUUUCAUAAAUUUAGAUGUCUUUGUCAUGUUAUUUCUGAGUUGAUUUGUGUUUUAUGUUUAUCCAGAUUAUAUCACAUUUGGUGAGUCUGGAUAGACAUUCACAAAUCCAUUGUGAAUGUUGCCACAUGUGCCCUUGAAUGCUUCACAUGUGAAAUGUCUGAAAACCACAUGUGCCCCUGAAGUUUCACAUGUGAAAUGUCCAAAAACCACUAUUGGGCUGGGUGGUUCAGUGUGAGGAGAUGUAAAAGAUAUCAGUAGUAACACUAAUAAUACAAUACUGCUACUACUAAUACUAAUGAUACUGCUGUGAGCAGUGUUGACUGCUGUUGUAGAGUCUGAUUGCGGCAGGGACAAAAGAUCUGCAGAACAGCUCCUUAGAGCAGCCUGUUGUUGAGGGAGCUGCUCAGGGCACACUGGUACUUGUUCAGGGGGUAGGAGGUGUUGUCCAAGAUGGCCUGGAGCUUAGUCACCAUCCUCCUCUCACACACCACAUCCAAGGUGUUGAGGGAGCACCCUGGGUAAUACUCAGGUAUUUAUAGGAUUGAACAGCGUCAAUUUCAGGCCCCUUGACGUACACUGGACUGACUGAUGAUCGUUUGGCCCUGUGAAAGUCCACCACCAGCCUCUUAGUCUUCUUUACAUUGAGCUGGACACAAUUUCACUGGCACCACUCUGCAAAGUCAUUGAUGAGACCCCUGUACUCAUGCUCAUCACCACCAUUUUCCUUUCCUCAUUUUCCUUUAAUAAUCAUAUUAUUCUAAUAUGAUUAUUAAUAUUGUGAUAUAACAUUAUUGUAUAGUAUCAUGUUACAUAUCAAACAUUGCUGAUGCUGUUAUAGUGAUUGUGAUUAUAAUAGCUAUAAUAAUACAAUAACAACAUUAAAAAUCAUGAUAAUUUGAAGCUCUGUGAUUGGAUGUUUCUGACUGAAAUGCACCUUUGGAGUCAUAGUUAACUUUUCUCUUUCAGUUUUUAUGUCUACAGGCCUCUGGCUUUGACUUUUUAUCAAAGAACCAGAUAUUUUGUUACACACUUGUUGAAGAGCUGCAACUGUCAGUCACCUAACAGUCUAUGAGCAAAGUAAUGGGACUUUUAUGUCUGGAACAAGCAACACACAAAGUUAUUCUGCACCUUUUAAAGCCUCUUUACUUCUGUCAUACAGGAAGAGCUCUGAAGUACUUGGUACAUGUGCUCUUUAAACCUAGUGUGGGAAUGCGUGCAGACUCCCAAAAAAUUGUUGUCCUGAUUACCGAUGGAGAGUCUGAGGACAACGUAUUCUCCACCUCGCAGCACCUGAGAGACACCGACGUUGAGAUCUACACCAUCGGUAUUAAGAAUGCAAAUGAGACUCAGCUGAGGACCGUCGCAUCGGAUCCCAAAGAAAUUCACAUGUUCAGUGUCAUCGACUCCUCAUUCCUUCUGGACAUCAUUGACAACCUCACCAACAACCUCUGUAACAGUAUCAACAACUUAGAGACCGUUAGGUUGGUGGGAGGAGCCAGUCGCUGUGCAGGUACACUGGAGAUGAAUCAGGGAGAGUGGAGACCAGUGUAUGGCUCUCACUGGACCCUGAAAGAAGCAGCUGUGGUAUGUAGAGAGCUGGACUGUGGCUCUGCUGUUUCAACAGGAAGCAGAAAGAAGCCCUAUCGUAGAUCUGUAUGGAGGAUCAGAUCUGACUGUCUUCAGUUUGGAUCUGCACUGAGGGGCUGUGCAUUCCCAGAUUCCUCUUCCUCCACUGUGGAGCUCACCUGCUCAGACCUGCUGGUUCAGCCAAUCAUCUCUGUGUCUUCUACCAUGGACGGGGUCUCCGAGGUCCAGCAGCAGGGGUUUCUGGUGCGCCGGGGCUCCAACUUCACCAUCAGCUGCUCCGUCCAGCCUCAGUACCCAGGAGGCUCCUUCCAGCUCACCUUCACCUCCUCCAACAAGGCACACAUCUACACCCAGCCAGCUGUCAAUCACUCUGCUGACUUCCUGUUUCCUGCUGCAGACCCCGCCCACCAAGGAAACUACAGCUGUGUUUAUGGCGUCUAUGUUUUUUCUCAUAACUUCUCCUCUGAGAGCCGUCUGCUGUCUCUCACUGUCACAGAUCCAGCAGUUCAUAUCAUCAGACUGGUCGUCCUGCCGGUGACUCUGCUGUUGGUCGUCACUGUCGUCUUUUUCAUCCUGAAGGAUGAACAUGUUUGUUGUUUAGAGGACUGGUUGAAAUGAAGCACUCAGCCUGUUUAUAUUGAACUGAAGAGAGGAGUGAUGCAGUAACUUAGAUCUGUGUUGUCAUGUCUCUCCAGGCCAGCAGGGGGCAGAAGUCAGGCCCACAGGAGAACAUUGAGCUGGAUUCUUAUAACCUCGGUGUUUCCAGAGCUGAAGGAGAGCCGGCUGAAGAGGAAGGAGCUCAGGGAGCAGAGUAGGACCUCCAAGGAGCCACAAACCACUGAAGAAGAAAAUCAUCUUUGGGUUCAUCUCUCCUCUCAGUCUCAGCCAGGUUUUUGCAGCCCAGUACGGCGAGGAACCAGCACCAACGCUCAGUGCCACAACAGGAAGUAGUGAGACCUUUAUUAAGACCAGAAGAAGAAGAGCAGAGAGGAGAUCUGAUUGGACCAUUUGUAACAUAAUUAUCUGUAUAUAGUUAUAUUUGAUGAGUUUAUAUCUUUUCACUUAUAACUGUAUUUUAUAUACUAUAAAAGAGACAAAGUACUUCACAAUUUUUGCCUGUUUCACCUAUUCACACACACACACUUCCACCAAUGGUGGAAGAGCUGCCAGACAGGGUCCUGGCCAACUUGGGGUUCAGUGUCUUGCUCAGAGUAAAAGGCUCGUGUGUGCUUUUCUCCACUGAGGUGCUGACCAUCGCUCAAAAUAUCCACAAGAACUUGUACACAAGUGUUUGUUUUACAAUUUCUAAAUAGCACAAUCUCUGUUUUGUUCCAAUUAAAUGAUUUGUUUAUGUCAAAUCACUGUUUUAAUUUACUCAUUUCCAUUAUGAUCACCUGUAAGCUGCUGUAAAUUCUCCCCAAAACAAGAAAUAUUAGUCUCAUCUGCAAAUAAAACUAAUUUCAGUAUU